AGUCAAAAUUCACACCCGAAAAUACAAAUAUGAGCUGUGGACCAAAACAAAUUCUCCAUAUAUCAAUCUUAAAGUAAAUACACGAUAUAUAUAUAUAUAUAUAUAUAUGCAGAGACUUCAUAAACCCCUAGAUAUAUAUAUAUAUAUAAGAAGAAAGUGUGAAGUCCGAAUCUCUCUGGUUCUAUAAUUCACAAGAAAAUAGGGAAAAGGUAAAACAAAGCUUAAUUUGUUCAGUUUACUUCAAUGGAAGGAAAGCAGUUAGCAUCAUCUUCAUCUCAUCAACCAAACGUGAUUUCUCCAUCAUCAGGCUUUAAACCUAAAUUAAAAGAUCAAGAUUACAUGGAGCUGGUGUGCGAAAAUGGAAAGAUUCUUGCGAAGACUCGAAGGCCCAAGAACAACAGUUCUUUUCAAAAUCAACGUACGCAAUCUCUCUUGGAUUUGUAUGAGACCGAGUACUACGACGACGGUUUCAAGAGAAACAUCAAGAAUCUUGGAGACACACAAGUCGUUCCUGUUAGCGAACCUCAGCCACAACAAGAUAAAGAAAACGAUGAACAAAUCAAUAACAACAACAAUAAGAAGAAGAUUACGUCCUCCAAAACCGAAUCUGAGCGAAAUGUCUCCAAAAGCCACAAACGAGUUGAAUCAUCAACAUUAAUUGAUGAUUCUGCUAAAGGUCCAAAAGAUGUUGAAGUUAUUACAGCUCCUCCUGAUGAGCAAUCUGCAGCUGUUGGAAGAUCCACGGAAUUGUAUUUUGCUUCUUCAUCGAAGUUUUCUCGAGGAAGUUCGAGAGAUCGAAGUCUUUCUUCUUUAAAGAGGAAGCAUGGAGACAUUGAAGAAGAAGAAUCAACCUAUUUAAUUAGUAAUAACUCGGAUGAUGAAUCAGAUGAUGAGAAGACACAAGUCCAUGUGAGAACAAGAAAGCUUGUGACUAAGAAAAGGAAACGAAGCACGGAAGUCCAUAGGUUAUCUGAAAGAAAGCGAAGAGAUGAAUUCAACAAGAAAAUGCGUGCUUUGCAGGACCUACUACCUAACUGUUACAAGGACGAUAAGGCAUCAUUGUUAGAUGAGGCUAUCAAAUAUAUGAGGACCCUUCAACUUCAAGUUCAGAUGAUGAGUAUGGGAAAUGGAUUGAUACGGCCACCUACAAUGUUGCCAAUGGGUCAUUAUUCUCAUCCCGUGGGUCUAGGAAUGCAUAUGGGCGCAGCAGCAGCAACACAAGUACCGCAGUUUCUGCCUAUGAAUGUUCACGGAGCCGGGUUUCCAGGGAUUAACAAUGCAUCAUCGCAAAUGCUAAGCUUUCUUAAUCACCCCACAGGACUAAUCCCAAACACUCCCAUCUUUUCUCCAUUGGAAAAUUGCUCUCAGCAACUCGUGGUGCCUUCGUGUCUUCCUCAGACUCAGGCUACUUCUUUGACUCAGUUCCCAAAGUCUGCGUCCACCUCAAACUUAGAAGAUGUAAUGCAAUUUAGAGGAAGCAAUGGUUAUUAUACCGCUCGCUAAACUAAAUAAGUAUUUGUAGAUAGUUGAUGUCUCUUAAGUAUCAUCUAGUUUCUGUUGUAGUGUAUGGGCUUAAGGGCCUUUUGGUCUUGGAAGGAUUGAACAUUUAGACAAAAUAAUAUUCCAAAAUUU